UCAAUUUUACAAAAUUGAUAUUAUAGUAAGGACUAGUAUGUUUUUUAGAUUAGAUUAUUAUUCUUUUAUAUUAAUUAUUUUAAGAGUUUGGAUUAUAGGCUUAAUAUUUAUGAGUUUAGUAAAUGAAAAAAUAAAAUUAAAGAUAAAGAUAUUUGUAUUUAUUAUAAUAAUAUUAAUUAUUAUAACUUUUUUUUCUGUAAAAAAUAUAAUUUUAUUUUAUUUUUUUUUUGAAUUGAGAUUAAUUCCUACUUUUUUAAUAGUAAUUUAUUGAGGAGCUAACCCAGAACGAUUAAGAGCUUCUUAUUAUUUAUUAAUAUAUACUAUAAUUAUUUCAUUACCAUUAUUAAUUUAUUUAAUUAUAAUAUAUAAUAUUAAUGGAAGAUGAGAUAUAUAUAUGUUGGUAGAAUAUAAUCAAGUUAAAUUAAGAUUUUGGAGAAUAUGAAUUAUUAUAGGUGCUUUUUAUAUUAAAAUACCUAUUUAUUAUUUUCAUAUUUGAUUACCUAAAGCUCACGUGGAAGCUCCUGUGUAUGGGUCUAUAGUUUUGGCUGCUAUUUUAUUAAAGAUAGGAAGUUAUGGAUUAGUACGAAUUAUUAAUAUUUUUUUAAAAUAUAUAAUUAUGUAUAAUAAUUUUAUAAUUAGAAUUAGAAUUAUUGGAGGUUUGAUAACUAGGUUUAUUUGUUUUUUGCAAAUUGAUAUAAAAAGAUUAGUCGCUUAUUCGUCAGUUGUUCACAUAAAUUUAAUAUUAUGUAGAUUAAUAAGAUUUAAAAAAUUAGGAUUUGUAAGAGCUUAUAUUAUUAUAAUUUCACAUGGGCUUUGUUCAUCUGGGUUAUUUUAUAUAGUUAAUUUAUAUUAUAGACGUACUAAUAGACGAUUAUUGUUACUUAAUAAAGGAAUAAUAAAUGUUUUACCAGGAUUAACUUUAUGAUGGUUUUUAUUAUGUGCUACAAAUUUUUCUUUUCCUUUAUGUAUAGCUUUUAUUGGAGAAGUGUAUAUAUUUAUAGUAUUAAUUCAUGUAAGAAUAUUUUUAAUAUUUUAUUUAAUAUUAAUUAGAUUUUUUAGGAGAGUUUAUUCCCUAUAUUUAUUUUCUUACAUUCAGCAUGGAGAGAUAGUAUUGAUAGGUAAGUGUAAAGAUAGAAAAAUAAUUGAAUAUAUGGUAGUAAUUUAUCAUUAUUGGCCGUUAUUAAUAAUUUUAUUAAAU